GUCAAAAACAGCCAAUCCCCCCAAAAAACAUCUCUCUCCCCUCCUUUAUCUCUCUAACAGUGUCUAUCGCUUUGUCAUACUCGCGUUCUCAUCUCCACCAUAAAAACCCUAGCACAAAACCCUAGUCCUUAAUCUCCACAUUCCCAUCACCACCACACCCUCUCUCAGAAAAUGGCCAAAAAGAAAUUGACCCACCAACCCAGAGACCCCAACAAGCAAGAACCCACCCAUCAGCAGCCUCUUCCCAACGCCCACCAAAUCGCUGAACCCAUUUCCACACCCAUGGCCAUGGAAGACCCUUCUUCCGACAAGGUCCAGACCCUCAAGUCCCUCAACUCCAGGCUUCUCAAGGAGACUGUUGAGCGCAGGCAACAGAUUGAGUCCUUGGUCACUGACAAGAAAGCACUGGAGGCCGAGUUGACUCGGUCUGGUGCGGAUAAGGAGGAGUUGGAGGCUAGAUUGACCAGUUCGAUUGAGGAGAAUGUUGGGUUGGGUUUGGAAAAGGAAGUGUUUUGUGUUUUCUGGGAGUCCCAGAUAAGCGAAAUGGGAGUUGGGUUUUAUGGGUUGCUUAGAGAGAAGAAAGUUGAGAUUGAGAGGGUGAAGAGUGAGAGAGAUGCAGAGAUUGGAUAUCUGAAGAGGGAAGUGAAUGAGCUUGUGAGUAGCCUUGAAAGCGAGAGAGAUAGAUUGAGCCUGGUUUGUCUAGAAAGGGAUGCGAUUAGAAGAGAUUAUGAUGGACUUGUUGCCGAGACAGAUGGGUUCAGAGAGAAAGCGAUGGAGUUGGAGAAGAGAGAGGGAUCGUUGAAGGCAGAGGUUAAGAAUCUGAAAACGCAAUGUGCUGGGUUAAUGGAGGAAAAGGAAGAGAGCCAAAGAGCAGUUGAAGCGCUGAUGAGGGAGAAAGACUUGGCCCAGAGGAACUUGGUUGAGAGAGAGAGUGUGAUUGAGAAUUUGAAGAGAGAUAUUGAGGGAAUUGUAAGGGAGAAAAAUGAAAUUGAGAAGCAGAAAAGUGGGCUAGAAUUGAGGGUCGGUGAGUUGGAAAAAGAAGUCGAGGAACUGAAUGGAACUGUUUUGCGCUUGAGAAGAGAGGUUGAAACACUGCAAGGGAAGAUUGUAGAGUUGGAGAACUUUAUUGAUGAGAGCAGGAAGGAAAGGGAAAUGGAAGUCAAGUCAUGGUUGGAAGAGAAGAAGGAGAAAGAACACAAUAUUGAGCUUUUGCAAGUUCAAAUGGAUGGAGUUAAGAAAAUUUUAGAUGCGGUCAGUCAGGAAUCAGAGGAUUAUCAGCGAAAGAUUGAAGAAGUAACUCAGCAGAAAAAUGGGGUUGAGGAGGCGAAAGUUAAUCUUGAGAGGGUAAUUGUUGAGUUGCAAAAUGAAACAAUUGAACUGAGGGAUUCUGUAUUUACAUUGAGAAAUUCAUUGAGAGAUCGAGAAGGGAAGAACGAAGAUCUGGUUUCUGAAAUUGGUCACUACAAAGAUGAUUUAGACCGCGUUACUCGUCAAAGGGAUAAGAUUCAGAAAGAUUUUGAUGAGAAGAAGAUAAAAGUGGAAAACUUAACGUUGGUUGUUUCAGAAAGGGAGAAAUCUAUUGAAGAACUUGUUGAAGACUUACGGAAACUGAGGAUUGAGCGUGAGACUCUCAUUGAGAAAACUAAAGUUACCGAGAGCCGCUUGGAAUCGCAGGUUAAGGAAAAAGACAAGGCACAAUGUGCCCUCCUUGAUGCUCAGAGUAGAAUUGAUGAAUGGAAGGCAAAAUCUGAAUCAGCAGGAAUUAAUUUGGAACGGGCAUUGACCAUGUUGAAGAACACUGCAGCCCUUGUUUCUUCUGGGUCUGAGCUCGAAAGAAAUGGUAAGAAAGAAGCGGUUAUCAAUGAGCAUAAGCUUGAUGAUGUAAUUCAAGCAUGUAUACCAGAGUUGGAUGCCAUUCAGAAUGCUUUCAAAAACAAGGAGAAGAUGUUGGAAGACAUGAAACAACAGCUCGAGCUUCUGCAGCUCUCUGCAAAAGAUGCCCAUAAGAAGAAGAGCUUUUGGACUAUGGUAUCUUCAGCAAUAACAAUAUUUGCCGCCGCAUCUGUUGCGUAUGUUGCUAAAGGACGCUAAGUGGUUUGGUUUACUGGUCAAUUUUGAUACUAGCAAACGUAGUUGUUUUUACUACUAGGAUCAAGUUAACUAAUCAAGGUCUACUUGAUGAAACAAAAACUGCUAGUUGGUAAUUUCUAAUUUCUCAUUUGGUCUAAAUAAUGUUUCAGUGCUGAAACCAUAGUCCCUGCGGGUAUAUUCCUAUGUUCCUUUGUUACAUGAAGCACUAUGAAUCUAUUGACUAUUAUCUA